AAUGAAGUGGGAAAACUGUACUUAUCACUUAAUUAUCGGAAUCCCAAGGAGGAACUCAUUGAUGGGGAAGUGUGUGACUACGGGGAAUCGUGUGAUGUCUACUUUCUCAUUUGUGUCAGAAGAGCCGGCAGCAAACUACUUGAGUGCUCAAUGUAUCAUGGUCCUGUUUUUGCAACUUACCAGAAAAUCGUCGAAAUACUUAUUGAAGUCUGGGAUUUUGAUAAACUGUCUAGCUCUGACAUCAUUGGUCACUUCAAGGGGAUUUUGAACAUGGAAACUCUAUCGGAGAACGCGACGGUGGUCCCUAUGUUUCGAAGAGACCUAAUUUACAAUAACAGUGUUGAAUUGAUCGUUGCGUUGAAAACAACUGCGCUGUUUAUGCCACGUGUCAAACCCUGGAAGAUGGAUACAAGGGACUGCACAUCGUAUUACACAUUUCCAGGCACUGUUUGCGAGAAGGGCUAUGACCCCUGUUUAGAAAACUCAGUCUGCGGUGCACACGGGAGGUGCGUGGCGGAUGGACCAGAUUACUUCUGUGAAUGCGACCUCGGUUGGGGUGGACGUCACUGCAACCAGGAGGUCAAGUCAUGUGAACAAGCAACCCAGUUGCUGGGGCAGAUGCCUGUUUGUCUUAACGGUGGCAUUUGUCGCAAUGGCAACGAAAGCAACUAUUACUGCCAGUGUCCUCAUUUGUGGACAGGACCUAGGUGUGAGAUAUUUAAUAUCUGCGCCAUUGAAGACUGCUCGGGUCAUGGCACAUGCAUGCCCUCGAAGUCGCAAAGAAGUGGCUUCGAGUGCAAGUGCAACAAGGGAUGGUCUGGGCCACAGUGCAGCAACAAAACCUCGACUCCUUGCCAAAUAGCCGGUCAGAGGCUCUUGACUAAUACGUCAAUGGUCUGCCUUCACGGAGGCGUUUGUGUUGAUCACUCAAACGGUGUCGAUUUUUCUUGUAUAUGUCUGAGUGGCUGGUCUGGCAAACGAUGUGAGGUCUUCUUCACGCAAGUAUUAUUCCGCUGUUUAUGUUUUGAUGCGUUUUACAAUGAACUUCAUUCUCCCAAUGAUUUUCUCGCCUAUACUUCUCGUCGUCGGUAUUUUGACAAGCAUCCGAAAACGCCUAAGGUUUACCAUUCUGUCCAGCUAUUGCCUAUUGAAGAUCCACGUUCAAAGGGAUUCCCAGAUAGUUACAGGCGCAGACACCUUAUCAAACCUCUGACGUAUGGCACCAGGCCAUUUACCAUGGGCGGUGAGGCCCCGAAUUACUCCGAUCUCGCGCCGUACACAAUCAACGGUCGGGCUGAAUCGGACAAGGGUGUAUACGAGAGUUGUGUCAGCCCUUACUACGUGGGACCCGUGAGGCAUCAGGAAAUUAUACCAGCAAGUAUGCGACUUGGCCUUCGAAACGUCUCUACAACAGAGUAUGAAGGAUCUGAAGACAGUGAUUACUCCCUUCCUGUCCUACCACCAAGAAAUCCUGCGUGCCCAAAGCUUAAUAAUAACACAAAAAGCAGCAAGUCUUAUGUUAAUACCCAAAACAACGACGAAGCACAAUAUUCGCAUUCCCUUUAA